AUUUCCAUCAUCAUUUUCAUACUAUAAUACUUGGUUUAUACAUUCUUUUUGAAAUCACACGAUUCCCCUAACUUAUUUUCAAUAAAAAUUGAACCAACUCCACUAUGAAAUAGUUCAUUAUUAAACUUGUCAACAAAGCAUAGAUUAAUGAGAACUUGAGAAGCAAGCCGACUAAAAGUGGGGCUUGGUGGAUAAAGCUAACCAAAUUUUAAGGUUUGUAAGGCGAGCCUUUGUUCUUUCAUUCUUGGACUUAUAUGACCACUGUUAUCAUCUUCUUUGUCCCUUCACCUUGUUUUUUUCUUAACCCAAACUUUCCAUAAACAAACCUCAAAACAACCCAACAAUCUACAAGAAAGUGUACCAAUAUUGGCUUUUGGGAACCAUUUUUAUCCAAAUAGAAACCACAGAAGAAGGUAUUAUCAUGUGACAGUCAAUACCCAUGUCCCAUUGCCUCAAAUUUGUUUUCUGGGUUUUAAGAGACGAAAAUUUGUGAAGACAAGCUUGAUCGGUGUCAAAAAUGGUGGAAAAAAUGGGGACUUCUUAUGGAGAUCAGUUAAUUGAGGAAAGAAGGAGCUCAGUUGGGUUACCAGAAGAAAGCUCAAAUACAGAGCAAAGCCAUACUUGCAGCUCAUUAGACUGUUCUUUUUCAACUCCUUCUACAUCUACUUGUUCUCCUUUUCCUUCCCCCGCCGCCAUUAAUCAUGGCAAUUUGAAGAACAAAUCAGAAAUGGAUAUGAUGAAAGAAAGGUUUGCUAAGUUGCUGCUAGGAGAAGAUAUGUCUGGUUCUGGUAAAGGUGUUAGCACAGCAUUGGCUAUAUCUAAUGCUAUCACUAAUUUAUGUGCUACAUUAUUUGGGCAACUAUGGAGAUUGGAACCAUUGGCACCUCAAAAGAAAGCAAUGUGGAGAAGAGAAAUGGAAUGGCUUCUUAGUGUUGCUGAUUACAUUGUUGAACUAAUGCCUUCUAGUCAAUCAUUCCCUGAUGGAAAUAUAUUAGAGGUCAUGACCUGCAAACCGCGUUCUGAUCUCUGUAUUAAUCUCCCAGCUCUCAGAAAGCUAGAUAAUAUGCUUAUUGAAUUAUUGGAUAGCUUUCACUACACAGAGUUCUGGUACGUGGAUCAAGGAAUUGUGGGUAUGGAAACUGAUGGAUCGUCCUCCUUCAGAAGACAGCUGCAACGACAAGAAGAAAAAUGGUGGUUACCUGUCCCUCGAGUUCCACCUGGUGGUCUACAAGAGGACAUACGGAAGCAAUUGCAGCACAAACGUGAUUGUGCAAACCAGAUACUCAAGGCUGCAAUGGCAAUAAAUAGCAUUGUAUUGACUGAUAUGGAGGUUCCAGAAUCGUAUUUGGAAAAUCUUCCGAAGAAUGGAAGAGCUAGCUUGGGUGAUUUGGUUUACCGCUACAUAAACUCCGACCAAUUUUCCCCCCAGCGUCUCCUAGAUUGCCUUGAUAUGUCAUCUGAACACCAAGCUAUCGAGAUGGCUAAUCGAGUAGAAGCCUCGAUUUACUUAUGGCGGCAGAAGGGUAGCUCAAUACAUAACUCGAAAAAAUCUAUGCCAAGGUCUUCCUGGGAAAUGGUCAAGGAUUUGAUGGUUGAUUCUGAGAAGAGAGAACUUCUAGCAGAUAGGGCUGAAAGCCUUCUGCUUUGUCUAAGACAACAGUUUCCUGGCCUUCCACAAACAGCAUUGGACAUGAGCAAAAUUCAACACAACAAGGAUGUUGGAAAAUCAAUCCUUGAGAGCUACUCGAGGGUUCUCGAGAGCCUAGCGUUCAACAUAGUUGCGAGAAUAGACGAUCUCCUUUAUGUAGAUGACGUGGCUAAACAUUCAGAUCAUUUGUCUCCGAUCUCCAAAGUCAGCAUCAUUGCACACAAAACCGUUAAGAUUCCAAACAAAAUGCCCACGUCUGGGACUCCGUAUAAGACUGCCUUUACGACACCCAACUUUUCAUCGGAAAAAGGAGAAUGGGAAAGAUCACCGUUACGAUCUCCCUUUCUUAGCAGCAGUGGGAAGAUUAUAAGCCAUGGGUUUGGAGUUAAAAAGGCACUUAACAACUACCUUAUCGAUGCUAUUGGCAAUGUGGGCGGAUGUAAAGACAAUUAUCAGGAAGCGUACACAAUCAGUGAAGCAUCACCGAUACCAAUAUAUCAGGAGGCGAGACCUCUUGACAGUGCACAAAGAGCUGUCAGCCCGAGUUCUAAACUGUCGACUCUUUGAUCAAAUAGUGUCUUGAAUUUGUGUAUCUUGUAUGUAACAAUAUAUUUAACUUUGUUUGAGGAACAGGGGAUCCAAGUGACUUGAUUUUUGGGUGUGUGUUCAAAUUAUUUUGUGCUACAUAGGGACCAUUGUACUCCAUAAAACAAAUGCAGCCAUAAGAAAAUGCACAUAUUAUCUCUCUGCAUAGUCUAAGAGGGUGAAGCCUAUGACUGUUUAUAAUGGAUAAGUAAUCCUAGCUAAUCCUUCUAUUAUUUAGGC